CUUCGGUGUCGACUACUAGUCACAACAACUUCACAGGGCGCUGACAAGCAAUAUGCUCUCUGUCCGUUCCUUCUAACCACCAACGUUAAAUAUUCAAUCACUUAUCUCUUUAUUUCGUUUUUUUCUUCCUUUGUUGUAUACCUAGUCAUUGUGAUAUGACAGAACCUUGGGCUUCCCAGGGCGGGACGCCGCUAUAUGAUACCCCUGAAUCUGAUCUAGCAUCUCUUUCACCUCGGACUGCACUGCUAUCGCCUCCCUAUGAGAACGCCGAGCUAACCAGACCACGCCGUAUCAAUGGCGUCCCCAACAACAAAUUCCGUCACGAGCGCGAGCGCGUUCACGCAGCCGCGAGCGCUCGUGACCUCUUACGACUCUUAGUAAACGAGGAGUACGAGGCGAAGCAGACUCGCAAAGUGCUCUAUACAGCAUUGGACAGGUUGGACGCCGAAAGUCGUCGUGCUGAAGAAGCAGAAACCCAACUAACAGAGGCUUUGGAACGGACGCGGUCUAUCAACGAGGCUCGCGUUGCUGCCCAGCAAGAGGCAGCUCGGUCGCAGGAGGAACUGAGGCUCUACAAGCUACAACUCGAUAACGCGCAGAGAGAAAUUCUUAGAGCCCAAGAUAUAUUGGGAGUCAUUGAAGCCCAGAGGGAUGACGCGGAGGCUGCCGCCGCUGACGCGCGCUCAAAGGCUCGAAAAUUGAAUGAAGAGCGCUUGAUUGAGCUCGCAAGGGAGGAGGGUCGCAGGCUCGGGUAUGAAGAAGGCAUACGGCGCGGUCGUAACAUGGGUUACCGAGAAGGGCGCGUCGUUAUUGAUGACGGUCGGUCUCCAAUGCGAGAAGCCGCUGCCGCUACCCUCUCCGACUCACGGGAAGAAGCAGAGGUAGCUCCUGUAGUUUUACCUCCUCAGCCUGCACCAGCCAUACCCAUGCCAGAAAGUCGAACCGCACCAGAAGUCCUUCGUGUUUCAACACCUGUAUCAAGUUCGCUUGAUGGCCGUCGUGACUCUCGUUCUCGUCGUGAUUCCGAAUCUGAUUCGGCCAGUCGAAUGAGCAUGCGCGCUCCUGAACCCAUAGUAAUGCCUGUCAUGGUUGAACACCCGCGGAUUAGGACAGACCCCUCCGUUGCCAGUCAAUCUUCUCGUUCGCAUUCACAACCCCAACCUUGGCCCAUGUCAGAUCGUUCUUCAGCUCGGUCACCCUCAAUAAACCCAAUCUCAGUGCUAAACUCUGCAUCUAGUGUUCAGCACUCAGAGUUCCAAGUCCCACCGGACGGCUACAUACCAACCCUGGACAAGGACCAGCGCAUUCUUCUUCCUCCCCCGCACGAACUUAUCCGCAAUAUAUCUUCACCGACACCGUCACAACCUGUCGCUGGCCCGUCCUCAGAUUCUGUCAGAACGUUCGACUAUCCUCGCCGUGCCUCUCCGGAGUCACAAACGUCAACGAAGAUGUCUAUGUCUCAAUCCUCCACCAUGUCAGCGCUCGAGAUUAUCGGCCUGCCUAAUAUGACGAGCCGCGACAAACGUCGAGAGCGCAACGGUCUGAGUAUCAUUCAUGAAGAUGCAAGCAUCGCAGCCGAUCAUGAAACCGUGACUGGAUCUGAUGCAGGAUACCAUCACCAUCACAGCGAAAGACGCAACGAAAGAGACACAGACAGUGACGCUACCAGGCACUCGCGGAGAGACCCAUCAAAGCAGAGGCUUGCCGACGAGCUUAGAUGGUCUAACCCAGCCGAGCCUGAGGAAUGGCGUCGAUAUGGCGCAGAAAAGACUCGCACGCAAAGUUCUAAUGGUCCCCCCCGUCCUCGCCCGACGAACGUGACAAUGCCCAACCCACUUUCUCCUUUAAAUUCGGAUGACGCUAACACGCCUCUGCCUCGGCAUCAGCGACAUUCCAGGACAAUAUCCACUCCUAGUCAACGAGGAUCGAAUAGAUAUGACCACCGAAGAGUCGUAUCAUCAGACAGCUCUGUCCCUGAAAUAACCAUCGAGCCCCCGUCCCGCCCUCCCUCUGACGCUCCAUCCAGACAUGCGUCCAUAUCUGGACUACUCAGUCCCGAUCACGCCAAUCACCCGCUCCCUGUGCCUGUGCCUGUUUCGCAACGCACCCCACUUGUUCCUACAGUUCCUAACACUCCCGUUUCAGCGCCUGUCUCGUUGGUAGGGUCCAUGUAUGACAUAGGACAGCUGCCAACCGGUGCACCGCAUCCAGGGGGUCCUGUCAUUCCGUAUAUGAAUGAGAGAGAAGCACCCUCGCAACGUAGUUCGCUUUACACAGCCGCCCAGGCUGAAGGCAGGCGGUCGCAGACCCCCCAAUCUUACGUGGCCUCCCCAGUCCCCACUGGUAUUUCCUACCCCGCACCGCCUAUUUCCAGGCAACCGACGCCAAACGGCUCCGUACAGCGUGGAGGCAGUUCCUCGACGCAUGAACGCCGGCCGAGUCUAAGCCAGAUGGCGGGAAUAACGCCUGGCGCACACCCGCGGUCUCUACAACCAAGCGGCGGCGAGACUUCGCGUUCGUCCCACAGACAACGGUCAAACGCAUCAAAUAGCUCGCACCAGUCAUUUUCGCAUUAUGACCCAGGCGUGUACAAUGACCCUGCAUAUUUGGCGAGUAGCGAGUCAUUGGUUUCUCGGACGGACGUGAAUACGGCUGCGAAUGCGGGUGGGCCGAGGAGGACCUCGUAGAUGGCCAUUACGUUCCCUCCAUUUUGACAUGGGAAUACUCGAACGACUUGGAUGAUUUUGUGUCGCUCGGACUAUCUUUCUUGUUGAAUCUUGAGCAUGAUAUCUAUUGUAUCGCGAAUCACUAACACCGAGUAAUCAAUUAACUAGUAGGUCUGCAUAUCCGCCGCUGUUGUCUUCACCAUUGCAUUUCAAUAUGAAUCAAUUAUAUCAUCAUCAGGACGUCCGAGGAUCGUGUCCCUGAAUUAACAAACUGCUUGUCAUCAUUUACCUCUACUUUUCCAAAGAAACGUACCUUUGAAUCUAUCCGAUAUCGAGCUCGACCGACUCAAGUCAGGACUCCUGCCACUGCGCCAGGACCCUUGGCGCUUCCGAGGAC